UAAAUGUUUGUUGCAGCCAGAGGCCGAAUAAGAUAGUUGUUUAGUAAAACAUUUGUGUGAGGUGUAUUUUCAGGCUUCUUGGCGGCCAGCCCUCUAGGUUCCGGUUUGAAGGUUCUGCCCCAAGAUGGCUGCGCCGUUGGCGGUAAAUGCGGAGGCAAGUUUGUGGGGUCCUUACAAAAACAUCUUGCAGACAGUGGAAAAUACAUUGCUUAAGAAGCAGCCUGAAGCUGUUCAUCUGUUAGAUAUCAUAUUUAAAAGACACAAACCUGAUUUCAUCUCACUCUUCAAAAACCCGCCAAAAAAUGCACAGCAGCGUGAACGAUUGCAAAAAUCCAGCACAGAUGGAAUUGCUAUUAAAGGUCAACAGGGAACCUGUCCUCUCCCAGAACAGCUUAUUAAAGAAGCGUUUAUCCUUAGUGACUUGUUUGACAUCGGAGAGGUAUCCGCAGUUGAACUCCUCCUUGCAGGGGAGCACCAACAACCUCAUUUUCCUGGUCUGACACGGGGUUUGGUGGCUGUUCUUCUCUACUGGGAUGGAAAGCGAUGCAUUGCCGAUUCUUUACUGCUCCUCAUCCAGGCUAGGAAAGGCAAGACAUUUACACUGGAAAUCAGCCCAGAACUAGUGUCCAUGGCAACUUAUUUCACUGAUGAUCUCAUGCAACAAGGGCUUUCACGCAAAAUCCUGACCUUGGUCUCUGAAAUUGAUGUGAACAAUGAGUUUGAGAAACUGCAGAAGGAGAGAGGGCUUGGCAAUGAAAAACAUCGUAAAGAGGUUUCAGACCUUAUAAAAGGAUGCCGUCAAUCUUUGGCUGAAUGCCUGUUUUCCUGGGCCUGUCAAUCGCCACUUAGCAAAGAAGAUACAUUGCUUUUGAUUGAAUAUCUGGAAAAAGUCUCAGUGGAAGCAGAUGGUUCAUUGGACCGUGUCAAUCUGACCAUUUUAAUGGCUCUUCUCUACUGCAUAGAUGUUGGGUUUUUAGAGCAAGGGACAGAGGAUAGAGAAGAUUUAAUGCAACAAUCACCUCUGCUCACAGAGAAACAGUACAUUUCAUCCAUACACACCCGUCUUCAGGACCCCAAACCAUGGAAACUACCAGGCUUACAAGCAACAGUUAGACUGGCAUGGGGUCUGACACUACGAGGAAUAUCACAAUUAUCUGAAAUAACAGCACUGGCAGAGUUCACAGAAGCAGACGAAGCCAUGGCAGAGUUGGCUAUUGGGGGAAAUGUUUUCUUAUUCCUCACUGAUGCAGUGGUGCUAUCUGAUACCUUUUUUAUGGAGGAAUUCUUCAUUCGCAGGAUUCACAAAUUGACCACCGAUUUUCUUACACUCAUGCCUAUGAAGGUAAAGCAGCUGAGGAACAGAGCAGAAGAGGAUUCACGACUGAUCCAUAUGAGUAUACAAAUGGGCAAUGAGCCUCCUACAUUACUUCGCCGGGAUCUUGAACAUCUGAUGUUAUUGAUUGGUGAGCUGUAUAGGGACGACCCUUUUCACCUUGAAUUGGGAUUGGAAUAUUGGUGUCCUACAGAACCCCUACAGAACACCACACUGAUGGGCUCUUACCUGGGUGUAGCUCACCAGAGACCACCUCAGCGUCAGGUUGUCUUGUCCAAAUUUGUGAGACAAAUGAGUGACCUUCUGCCAGCUACCCUUUACAUACCAUAUUUGAAGAUGCUUUGUGGAUUGGCCAGUGGUCCCCAGUGUGCCCAUUACUGCUUUAGUCUACUGAAAGCCAAUGGGAGCAGUCAUGCUGAAAACUUGCAAGCAGCAGGUGGAAGUCCAGUAUCCUGGGAGCACUUUUUCCGCUCCCUCAUGCUGUAUCAUGAGCAUCUUCGAAGGGACAUGCCAAGUGCUGAUAGCAUCCAUCAGCGUCAUCCUCAACUUCGAGGCAUCACUCAGCGUGAACUGGAUGGACUCAUCGCCUGCUUGCAACUCACCGCUAAAGUCAUAGAAUGGAGUGAAAGUGCUCGUCUGGCUCUUUGUGAGCAUGCCCAGUGGACUCCUGUGGUUGUUAUUCUAGGGCUCCUGCAAUGCAGUAUCCCACCCAUCCUUAAAGCAGAACUCAUAAAUACCCUAGCUGCAUUUGGGAAAUCUCCAGAGAUUGCAGCUUCUCUCUGGCAGUCCCUGGAAUAUACCCAGAUCCUUCAGACUGUUAGAACUUCUGGACAGAGCCAAGGAGCAGGGAUUGAGAGAUACUUCUCUAUAAAAAAUCUCAAAAAAAGAAACGUGGAGGGAUUGCCCAUUAUUACUAAUUCCAUGAACAGCCAGACCCAGACCAUUUAUGCUGAACCAGAUCUUAUAGCGGAGGACCUUUUUGAAGGAUAUAUACAUACCACAUUAUCAUUACCAUCCAAUUUUAAUCCCCCUAAGGAGGAUGUCACAUAUAUAGACCUUUUCCAACAGUUGGUAAUGGAAGAUUUUAACAAAUUACCCAGUAAAUCAAAUAAACACACAAGACUUUGGCCUAAUGAGGAAAGAGCCCUCAAAUCCCUGGCCAAUGAUUCUAAUUUGGUAAUUAGACAGGCGGACAAGGGUGGGGGGAUUGUCCUUCAGGACUACAAAGAUUAUGUAAAUGAGGCUUAUAAUAUCCUUUUAAAUGUUGAAUACUACAGGAAAUUGGAUGCAGAUCCCACAGCUGUAUUUUUGGGGAAAUUGUUGGAUGUUUUGGAGGAUGGUAGUGGACUAGUAACUAUCCCUGUUUCUUUAUUGCUGCAGAAUGUUAGCCAGAAGCUGAUGGCUGGUUUUGUGGAAUGUCUGGAUAGUGAAGAAGCAGAAGAAUUUGAUGGCUUCAGGGAAAACCCAGAAGCUGAAAUGAAUCAAGCUCACAUCCAUCACAAAACGAAAAUUCAUAUACUUAACCUGCUGAUUACAUCACUUGAAAUGAAAUCUCCCAACUUAGCUUUGUAUCUCCUAGGGUAUGAACUGAAAAAGCCAGUCUGUACAACUAACUUGCAGGACUCAGGCGUUUUGGGCUGCCCACGCACCUGUCUUCAUUCUAUCUUAGAUAUCCUGGCAAAGGGUACUAAAGGACGGACAGGUCCAGUUGCUGUGUGGGAGACUCCUUACCUUGCUGAAUUGUGUUAUCAGGUCAUCUACCAGCUUUGUGCAUGCUCUGAAACAUCUGGCCCCACCAUGAGAUACCUACGGACCAGCCAAGAUUUCCUUUUUUCACAGCUCCAGCAUUUGCCAUUUUCCGUAAAAGAUCAUGAGAUCUCUGCCCUGAAUCAGAUGUCUUGGUUGAUGAAGACUUCUUCCAUAGAACUUCGUAUUACAUCACUGAACCGUCAGCGUUCUCACACUCAGAGACUGCUCCACUUGCUUCUAGAUGACAUGCCCAUCAAACCAUAUGCAGCUGAUGGGGAAAGUGGAAUGGAAGAUGAAAGCAGAACAAUUAGCGGAUUUCUUCACUUUGACACAACUUCAAAAGUUCGUAGAAAAAUUCUUAGUAUCCUGGACUCUAUAGAUUUCACUCAAGAAAUUCCCGAGCCUUUACAGUUGGACUUUUUUGACCGCAGUCAAAUAGAACAAGUGAUUGCUAAUUGUGAGCACAAGAACCGUAGAGGCCAGACAGUCUGCAAUGUUAAGCUUCUUCAUCGAGUUUUGGUAGCAGAAGUAAAUGCUCUUCAGGGAAUGGCUGCAAUUGGUCAGCGGCCUUUGCUUAUGGAGUAUGACAUUUUGCAUUGCGGUGGAUUCCAGCGAGUCCGAGCACACUUAUAUGGGUCUCUCUUGUAUUACCUGCAAAUUGCACAGAAGCCAGAUGAGCCAGAUACCCUGGAAGCAGGUCAAAGUACCAUGUGGGAACGGCUUACAGCUCCUGAAGAUGUAUUUAGUAAGCUGCAGCGUGACAACUUGUCCAUAAUUGAGACCUAUGGGGCUGCUCUCAUGGAAGUUGUUUGCAGAGAUGCUUGUGAUGGCCACGAAAUAGGAAGGAUGCUUGCUCUUGCACUGUUGGACCGGAUAGUCUCCAUAGACAAGCAACAACAGUGGUUGAUCUAUCUUUCAAACAGUGGGUACCUGAAGGUCCUUGUGGAUAGUCUAGCUCAAGAUGACACAAUCCUGCAGAAUCUUCUGACUCCUCAGCCUCCUCUGCUUAAGGCUCUCUAUAUCUACGAGUCCAAAAUGGCAUUCCUAACACGGGUUGCUAAAAGUCAGCAGGGAGCUCUCGAGUUACUUAGAUGCGGGGUCAUUGUAAGGCUGGCACAGUGCCAGGUGUAUGAUAUGCGUCCAGAAACAGAUCCUCAUGGGGUGUUUGGAAUGAGAGAGGCUCCUGUAUUUAUCCCAGCACCAGUGGAGAGAUAUAGACAAAUCCUGUUACCUGCCCUCCAGCUUUGCCAAGUGAUCCUUACGUCUAGCACUGCUCAGCACUUACAGGCAGGAGGACAAGUUUUACAAUUCCUCAUUGCACAUUCUGAUACCACCCAGGCCAUCCUUAGAAGCCAAGAGGGAAGUCUGGGCUCUUUGCAAGAGCUAGCUUUACUUACAGGCAUCAUCAGCAAAGCUGCUCUACCAGGUAUUCUAAGUGAGCUUGAUAUCAGUUUGAACGAAGGUUCCAUAAUGGAGUUGCAAGGACAUAUUGGCCGCUUCCAGCGCCAGUGUCUGGGAUUACUAACGCGUUUCGGAGGAUCUGACAGACUUCGUCAGCUCAAGCUACAAGAUGAUGUGCCUCAGCUAGACAGAGUGAGCAAGAGGGAUGACAUGGAGCUGGCCAUGCAGCAGAUUUCUUCUAACGUGAUGGAAUACUGUCAGUCCCUUAUAAUACAGACCUCACCAACCUUUCAGCAGACAGUGUGUCUCUUUACUCCAAGUUUGGCUGAGAGUACUAGCAGAGAUGGGCCAAGACAAGACUCCCAAGUGUCCAUCCUUCCCUCUUGGCGCUUGCCAGGAUUAGGUGUUGUGCUAUACCUUCUAAAACAAAGUGCUAACGACUUCUUCACUUACUACGAUAUUCACAGGCAGAGUGUCAGCAAGCUGCAAAAUGUGGAACAGCUUCCUCCUGAUGAAAUCAAAGAGCUAUGCUUAUCGGAAAUGCCAGUUGGUGUAGAUAAAAUAUCAACCACUCAGAAGUAUAGUUUGGCUCGGAGAAGACUGGUCAAACUCAUCAACAGCAGAGCUAAGUUACUGUCUGUCUGCUCCUAUAUCAUAGAAACCUGUCUGUUCAUUCUGUGGCGCCACCUAGAGUACUAUCUGCUUUACUGCAUUCCUACUGAUACUCAGGACUCCCUAUUUUCAAAUUCAACAUUUAGUAGCAGAAGGUUUCAAGAUACUUUGAAUACUGAUGCUAAUGUGGAUUCAAAACACCUAGGACAAAACAGAGUGAGCCAACAAGAUAUUGAAAUGCUGCAGAGAGAAGGUGCCAAUGUGUUUGGUGAGUCACUACAGAAGAGGCUUUUGGAUAUCGAAGGGCUAUACUGCAAGGUCAGAUCUCGUCACAGCUUCAUCCAAGCCCUUGUCAGACGAAUUAGAGGUCUCCUACGUGUGUCAAGGACCUAAUGAAAACAAGCAGACAAUUUAUUUUCUAGCUUCUAAAUUAUGUACAUCCUGAGGUUUUUCACUUUUUUGGACAUUCUGAUCAGCGGAAUUUUUUACAAACUGAUUAAAAAUAUAAACUUCUA